UAGCUUUAUGGAAAAUCCGUCGGGCCUGGUCAGGUCAAGAGCGUUUGGGAGUGAAAAGGCACGGACGACAAAAUACUGGUAAAAACUAGAAACACUCGACUCGACUAGCAGUAAAGACAAAAUUUCGUUAAGAGAUGGAGGACGAUCACAGUAACGGCGGCGUUUUAGAUACGGUAAAGGCUAGUGAAAAGGUCUGGUUAAUGAAGUGUCCAGUGGUGGUGGCUAAGUCAUGGCAGAGUCAUACUGCUUCUUCAGAUUUUCAACGUAUAGCCAAGGUUAUUGAGUCUAUUGAUCCUCUUCAACCUGCUGACAAGAAGUACAAAAUGGAGAUGGUUGGCUCUGAAUCUGUGAACAUUCCAAAAAGUUAUACGUUGAAUGGGGCUAAAGAAAUUGUUCCUAUGUCUAUUUUUUCGGAGACAAAUCAAGGUAGGGUUGCACUUGAAGGAUUUGUGGAAAAAAAAUUUGACAUGAAGCCUUAUGAAGAAAAUAUUGAGGAAUACGGCAAAUUAUGUCGUGAAAGGACAAAUAAAUCCAUGAUCAAGAAUAGACAAAUACAGGUAAUUGAUAAAGACCAUGGAGUGCAUAUGAGGCCAAUGCCUGGAAUGGUUGGCCUAAUUUCAUCCACCUCUAAGGAUAAGAAGAAAACAGCACUAGUUAAACAAUCAGACAUGAAAAGAACUAGAAGGGACCGUGGAGAAUUGGAAGAUAUAAUGUUCAAGCUAUUUGAAAGACAACCAAAUUGGGCUUUAAAGCAGCUUGUACAGGAGACUGAUCAACCUGCGCAAUUCUUGAAAGAGAUACUGAAUGAGCUAUGCGUUUACAAUAAGAGAGGAACCAACCAGGGAACUUAUGAGCUAAAGCCAGAAUAUAAGAAAUCUGUUGAGGAUGGAGGUGCUGAAUAAGUCAAUGUUCUUCUAUAACUGUGGCACUAAGUACGCUUUUAUUUAGUUGCUAUCUUUGUUGGAUGGAGACAAGCAACUAGCCCACCCUUAAAGGAUAAUAGUGUAAUGUCAGCAGCCAAGCCAUAGUUAGCAAAGCAAAGGAAUAAAAAAAAAGGAUAUAUAAUUCAGAAAUUUCCUUUAACAGAAGGACUACUAUAGUGUUUAUAGGGCUUUACGUUCUUAAUCUCAACAACUAUUAUGGUGUAGUUUUUCCCAGGUUCGUAUCAUUUACGCAAGCUAUAGACAUUCAGCAGUUGGUUUAUGAUUAGGCAUACUAUUACUAGGUGAGUGGCCAAAAUUAGGCUUGGACUUGUGUUGAAAAUUGUAUUUUCGGUUAACUAAUUUAAUCUUGGUCUAAAUUUGUAUAUACUCAUGUUUUCUUAUUUUAUAGUAUGUAUUUGUAUGGUUAUAAUGA